ACCGCGGGAAGCCAGGUAAAUUUCUUCCUGGUAAAAUUCCUCUUCAAACUUCCUGAUAAUUUCUUUGCUCUGUAGAAAACAUUUAUUAUGUGAACUAUAAAAGAGGCAAGAAAACAUGGAUAUCCUAACCCAAACUUACAGAGCCAUAUAUGCAGUUUGUCCAUUCAGUAUACGAGAGAGACAACAUUGAGGGGUCUCUGUUGGGAAUGACAGAAUCUGGUGAAGACGUGGUCCAGUCAGUAGAUGAGGCAGACACCGUAGACUGUUCUCAGAUAAGAAUGACAGAGUGUCGUAAAGAUGAAGUCCAGUCAGACGAUGAGGCAGACACCGUAGACUGUUCUCAGAUAAGAAUGACAGAAUAUGGUGAAGAUGUGGUCCAAUCAGUAGAUGAGGCAGACACAGAUUCGUCUCAAAAUAGUCCGACAGAUUUACAGUCAAUAUCUAGUUCUAAGACAGAAUUUGAAGGGAGGAGAAGUACACAUAUCCCGUCGAUUGAAUCUCAACCAAUAUUAUCAGAGGAAGACAACCUUUUACAGGCAGCCUUUAUUAUACUCUAUACUGUACCCAGGGCUAUUGAAGACUUCGUAGACGGGGAAUACAAAGGUGGUUUUGUCCAGUCUAUCCGGGAUCAUAAAGAUCAACUCAAGGCAACACUCAGUUCAGAGGAAUGGGAAUUACUCAGCCAAAUAAUAGCUCACCACCGAUUGUACUAUUUCUAUGAUAAGAUAAUACAAGACACCAUUCUAGAUAAGGACGUCCUUGAUCUAUUGAUUUCCAAAUGUAUCCUUAGGAUUGAAGAUAGAGCACAAAUAGAAUACCAUCCAAAGCCAUCUGACCGCAACAAAUGUAUCUUAGACCUUCUAUUACAAAGACCAGAAGAUUCCUACAGUGUAUUAUUACAGGUUCUUAAGGAGUCUCCUACUUGUUCUAAAGAUCUGAUAGAAUAUAUGGAAGGGCAACAAUUUUCCCAUCAUGAAGUUCAUUCACAGUCCAAAGUUAAAUCAUGUAUUACAGGGAACCAUUCAGUCAGGUUGCAAAAGAACUACUACAAUCUGAUUCAGAAUUUAUCUGAUGUUAGAAAUGUCAUUGAUUCAUUAAUAUCAAAGGGAGUUUUAGAACCAGAUGACCAUGCAGAUAUAGCUUUCAGUGGAGUGUCAGCUGAAAUGAAUAGAAAACUUAUAGCUAAGAUCAGAAGUGAACAAGAUUAUAUAGUAUUUCUGGAGGCUCUUAAGGAGGAUCCUGUGUCAGCUAAUGCAGAGCUGGCUUCUGUCUUAGAAUCAACUGAUGUUAACCAAGAUGAAUUAAAUCAAACAGCCAACAUACAACAGCUAACAAACAGACCAGGAUUCCAGUCACUGGUUACAUUAGUUUCAAUGGUUAAAGCUGAACAGAUUUCAGAUACAGAACCAGAGAGCCAUGAUACAGGAUUAGCAGCAGACUUAUAUAGACUACAGUCUUGGUAUAAUAAGAUCAUUAAAAUGUCAUCGAUGGAUUUAGAUAAAUAUCAGCAAUUUGUUCAAACAGUAAAUGAAGUAUUAGGACGAAUCAGUGGAAAGAAUGAUCCUGUUGUUAAAGAAACCACACUAAGCACUGUGAUGCAACAACAGGUUCAAAAGAUUCUUUAUGGUUUAAAAGAAAAAGAAGAAAAUUCAAGUCUUAAAGAGAAAAUAAUGAAACUGGAAGCUGAGCAGAAAGAAGUUAUUCCAAAGAAUAUUAGAGAUCAGAUACAAACACAAAUAGAAGACUGGGAAAAGAAUGAUAAGAUGUUCGUGUCUACAAGAGCCAGUGAUUACGUCAUGGAACGUUUACAAGACAACAGUUGUUUGACAUUAACUGCCCCAUCAGGAGUUGGAAAAUCAUUUAUUGCAAGACACACAGCACUAGUUUUACAGAAGGAAGGAUACAAUAUAAUACCAGUGAGAAAACCAGAUCAUAUUGAAGAUUAUUAUCAACCUGGUAAAAAAACAGUCUUCAUUAUAGAUGAUAUUUGUGGAAAUUUCACUGCCAACCAACAACAGAUUGAUAACUGGAAACAACUGUUACCUGUGAUUAACACAAUUAUUACAGACAAAUGUUGUAAGAUUAUUGUAUCUUGUAGGUUACAAGUCUAUAAAGAUGAUAAGUUUAGUAUAUUAUUACCUUUUAAAUCAUGUGUAUGUAACUUAAUAUCAGAUAAGUUAUGUCUUACGUCUGUUGAGAAAACAAAUAUAGCAAAAACCUAUAUUGGUACAAGCAUGACAGACAUUGAUGAUUUAUCUUCUAAAUGUGAUUUCUUCCCACUCUUAUGUUCCUUAUAUCACGAAAAAGAAGAUGUAGAUGUCAAAGAAUAUUUCAAAAAUCCUUUUGAUGUCUAUAAACGUGAGCUAGACAGGUUAAGUGAGCAUAGUGAUGAAGGAAACUAUAAAAUAUGUAGUCUUGCUUUAUGUGUUCUCUUUAAUAAUCAGCUGAAAGAGAAAUGGUUCCAGGGUAAAGUUACAAAUGAACAACGAAAUAUUAUAGAAGACACAUGUGAGGCUUGUAAAUUGAACCGAGGUACAUCGAAAGCAAAACUUAAAGAGGCUAUGGACACUCUAGAUGGUACAUUUAUAUGUAAACAGAAUGGCAUUUAUAGAACUCUACAUGAUAAACUAUUUGACUUUCUUGCUCAUUACUUUGGUCAGAGAAUGAUUGAAUGUUUGAUAGACCAUGGUGAUAGUGGUUUAGUACAUGAACGUUUUAUCUGGCAGAUGUCACCAGAUGACCAGAAUAGUAACAUAGACUUCAUUAUAGAAAUACCAGAUGAUUAUUUAGAAUCAUAUUUACAAAGGUUUAUAAAGGACUGGUUAGCAGGAAAGGUGUCAGUUAUAUUCAGUAACAAUAACAUGAAAGUAUCAUCAUUCAGACAACAGUUAUUACAAUACUUACAACAACUAGACAAACCACAACAAGUAACAUUAACCAGUACCAAGGAUACAGUGGAACCAAAGGAGAGCUGUGCAUCAGGUAAUACUCCACUGAUAUGGACUUGUUAUGCUGGUUAUACUAAUAUGGUACAGUGGUUGUUACAUAAUGAUGUGGAUGUGGAUCAAUGUAGAGAUGAUGGACUUACUGGACUUAACAUGGCAAGUCAGGAAGGACAUACUGAUAUAGUAAAGUUACUGUUAGAGAAGGAUCCUAAUGUUGAUCUAUGUAACAAGACUGGUUGUAGUCCUCUGUUCAGGGCAAGUUAUAAAGGACAUACUGAUAUAGUAAAGUUACUGUUAGAGAAGGAUCCUAAUGUUGAUCUAUGUGACAAGAAUGGCUAUAGUCCUCUGUACUGGGCAAGUAAUAAUGGACAUACUGAUAUAGUAAAGUUACUGUUAGAGAAGGAUUCUAAUGUUGAUCUAUGUGACAAGACUGGUUGUAGUCCUCUGUUAUUGGCAAGUCAGAAUGUACAUACUAAUAUAGUAAAGUUACUGUUAGAGAAGGAUCCUAAUGUUGAUCUAUGUAACAAGAAUGGCUGUAGUCCUCUGUUAAUGGCAAGUCAGAAUGGACAUCCUAAUAUAGUAAAGUUACUGUUAGAGAAGAAUCCUGAUGUUGAUCUAUGUGACAAGAAUGGCUGUAGUCCUCUGUUAAUGGCAAGUCAGAAUGGACAUCCUAAUAUAGUAAAGUUACUGUUAGAGAAGAAUCCUGAUGUUGAUCUAUGUGACAAGAAUGGCUGUAGUCCUCUGUACGUGGCAAGUUAUAAAGGACAUACUAAUAUAGUAAAGUUACUGUUAGAGAAGGAUCCUAAUGUUGAUCUAUGUAACAAGAAUGGCUGUAGUCCUCUGUUACUGGCAAGUCAGAAUGGACAUCCUAAUAUAGUAAAGUUACUGUUAGAGAAGAAUCAUAAUGUUGAUCUAUGUGACAGGAAAGGUUUCACACCACUGAUCAGUGCAUUGAAUGGAAAUCUGGAGAUAACACAGAUACUGUUAGAGAACAAUGCAUACUGUAAUAUAUGUGUACAUAGUAAACAGUCAUUAACAGAUGCAUUUAUGAACCAGUCAGGGUACACCUUAGAUAAAGGAAAACAAUUACUAUUUGCUAGCCUGGUAGAGAAUACAUCAUCAUGUGUAACAGAGUAUAUCAGUAAGAAGUCAGUAGAUUAUGGGUUUGAUGUAGUAGCUGGUUCUUCUCCAUUACAUAUAGCCUGUUUUAUGGGUAGGAUAGAUGUAGUCCAUUGUCUUCUGGACCACAAUGCUGACAUCAACAUAACAAAACAAGAUGGAACAACACCAUUAUUUUAUGCGAGUGAAGUAGGACAUGAGGAUAUUGUAUGCUUAUUGUUGGCUAAUGGAGCAGAUACACAGAUGUGUAGACUUGAUGGGAAAUCCCCGUUAAAAGUUGCAACAGAUAAUGGACAUGCAUCUAUAAUAAUGAUUUUAACAAAUCACACAUAA